GUCAAGUGUUCAUGUUGAUGUCGUGGGUCCCAUUCACAUUCCCAUCCCCUUCCAACUUGGUAACUCCUUUUCCAUAAUACCAAACUCGACCCCAUUCUUUCUCAUAACUGUCAACUGCUAAGAAUCAGAAUCAGAAUCAGAAUCCGAUGGUGGUUUCUGGUAGAGAAGAUGCACACAAGCGUCUUUGCAGCUCCAAAUUGUUCAAAUCUUGGGCUUCUUAUCCACAAAAGGGCCAACACUGUCCAUCACUUCUCAAUUUGUGCAUCCACGCAGCCACCCAGGACAUACUUCAAUAUCAUACCUUUUCUGAACUCCCACCGGAUUUAACUCAGCAAAUUUUCAACAACCUACUUUUCUCUCGUCGUCUCACGCGCCCUUCCCUCCAAGCUUUUCGACAUUGCGCCCUCCAGGAUAUUUACUUGGGAGAAUAUGAUGCUGUUGUUGUGGAUGAUUCUUGGAUGGAUAUCGUCUCAUCACAAGGUUCAUCUCUGCUUCAUCUGGAUCUAUCAGCCUCUCAACUCACUGACUAUGGACUCAGCUAUCUGCAACAAGGCCUGACAAACUUGACGAGUUUGAGUUUUGGAAGAAACCAUGCAAUUUCUGCUGAAGGAAUGAGUGCCCUUUCUGGUCUAGUUAACUUGGUCAACUUGAAUUUGGAGAGAUGUCCUGGGAUUCAUGGAGGCCUUGUUCAUCUUCAAGGUUUAACCAAGUUGGAAUCUCUGAAUCUGAAGUGGUGUAAUUGCAUAAUAGAUGUCGAUAUGAAACCUCUAUCAGAGCUUACAAACCUGAAAAGUCUUGAGAUUUCCUCUAGUAAAGUCACAGAUAUUGGCAUCCGUUUUCUAAAAGGGCUACAAAAUCUUGCUCUGUUAAAUUUGGAAGGCUGCUUUGUAACAGCUGCAUGCUUGGAUACUCUUGCAGAGCUUCCAGCCCUCUCGAACUUGAAUAUCAGUAGAUGCAAUUUUACUAACAAUGGAUGUGAAAUGUUUUCACGACUGGAAAAUUUGGAAGUGUUAAACUUGGGAUUUAAUGAAAUAACAAAUCCAUGUCUAGGACACUUGAAAGGACUGACAAAGUUGAAGAGCUUGAACCUUGAUUCAUGCAGAAUUGAUGAUGAUGGAUUGGUCCACCUGGCAGGCAAUCAGCAAUUAAAAUGUCUGGAACUCUCUGAUACAGAAAUUGGAAGCAGUGGACUUCAACAUUUAUCAGGAAUGUAUAGUCUGGAGAAACUAAAUGUGUCAUUCACAAUGAUUAGUGAUAGUGGUUUAAGUGAAUUGUGUGGACUGUCAUCUCUCAAGUCACUCAAUUUGGAUGCUCGCCGUGUUACUGAUUAUGGACUCGCUACCCUUGCAAGUUUGUCCAGGCUUACUGACCUGGAUUUGUUUGGGGUACAAAUCACAGAUUUUGGAACAAACUACCUCAAAAACUUUAAGAGCUUGCAGUCGCUGGAAAUAUGCGGUGGAGGAUUGACCGAUGAUGGUGUGAAAAAUAUAAAAAAUCUUUCAGCUCUUAUGUUCUUGAACUUAUCACAAAACUCCAACCUCACAGACACUGCACUCCACUUAAUUUCUGGGCUUACUAGUUUGGUUUCUUUGAAUGUUUCAAAUUCGAGGAUCACGCGUGAUGGGCUGCAGCAUCUGAAAACACUACACAAGUUGAGGUCUUUGUCAAUGGAGUCAUGUGAGGUGACAGCAAAUGACGUUAAGGAACUUAAAUCAAAAUAUCUCCCGAAUCUCGUAAGCUUUCGCCAUGAAGACUAGUUUAGGCUUAUUAUAUCCUGAUUGUACGUACGUUUUACAAUGUUUGUUGACUUAUUGUUAGACUCGCCAUUGUAAUUCAUCUGGAUUUGCAAGUGUAAAUAUACAAUAAUUCAAUGUCUAAAUUAUCAAA